AUGCCUCUACCGUCUUUUCCUCCUCUUCUACCUCCUCUGCCUUUUCCUCCCCUUAUACCUCCACCGUCUUUCCCUCCUCUUCUACCUCCUCCCCGAUUUCUCCCUCUUCUACAUCCUCCGUCUUUUCCUCCCCUUGUAGCUCCUCUGUCUUUUCCUCCCCUUCUACCUCCUCCACCUUUACUUUUCUUUCAGCUUCCUCCGCCUUUUCCUCCAUUUCUUCCUCUUCGAUUUAUUGCGAUUCUACCUCCUCCGUCUUCUUCUCCCCUUCCAGCUCCUCCUCCUUUUCUUCUUCUGCCUCCCCCGUCUUUUCAUCUCCUUCGGCUUCAUCCGUCUUUUAUUCUCCUUCGGCCUCCUCCGACUUUUCCUCCCUUUCUACCUCCUCCCCGAUUUCUCCCGCUUCUACCUCCUCUGUCUUUUCCCCCCCUUGUACUUCCUCCGCCUUUUCCACUCCUUUUAAUACAACAGCGAACUGGGAGAAUUCUAUUACGAAGAGAACCUAUUUGCCCAAAAAAUUAA